AUGUCUUCGACAUUUAGUUCCGGGGCUUCGAGCCCUGAUGCUCGUCGUCCUGCUACAUUCUCAAGAUCAACUUCUUCUUGGUCGAUUACAAGAUCCAGCACCCCCGACACAGCAAAGUCUCUUCUUUUUGAGGAUGGUGAGGGUCCAGAGUCCCUACGAGAGCCCAUCUUCGACCAUUUCGUCCUUGUCGUGGGCGGUCUUGGCUAUAUUGGAAGCCAUACCUCCUGGGAGCUCCUGAAGGCAGGCUUCAAUGUCAUCAUCGUCGACAACUUGAACAAUUCAUUCCGAAGCGUGUUUGACAAACUCGAACACCUGCGCAUGGGACACUAUCCCUCAGAAGCCAAUCGGCCACUACUGGACUUUUACGAGGCCGACUACCUGGAUAAACACGCCAUGAGAGCCAUCCUUUCAAAAUACCGCGGUCUGCCCGACUUUCAAUCUCCGUCUGCUCGCCCUGCAACUUCCACGAUCACUGGUGUGAUCCAUUUCGCAGCACACAAGGCCGUCGCCGAGAGCUUUCAAAAGCCACUCGAGUACUAUGCCAACAACGUGGGCGGCAUGAUCGACUUCUGUGCCAUGCUCGGCGGAUUCGGCAUAAAGAACUUCGUCUUCUCCUCCUCAGCCACGGUCUACGGCGAGAUCGCCAACAAAGGGAGCCGCCUGCUUGAAGAGUACUGCGACAAUCGGGGCUGCAGCGGGCUCACCAAUCCCUAUGGCCGGACAAAGUGGAUGUGCGAGGCCAUCCUCCAUGACCUGGCGGUCUCGGACCCUGAAUGGACCGUCAUCGCCUUACGAUAUUUCAACCCCAUCGGCUGUGACGAGUCAGGCCAUCUCGGCGAGGACCCUCGGGACACACCCAACAACCUGAUGCCCAUCGUCGUCAAGACCCUGACUGGCGAGCUGCCGCAGCUGAACAUUUACGGCACCGACUGGGACACUGCAGAUGGGACUGCCAUCCGCGACUUCAUCCAUGUCAGCGAUCUCGCCCGCGGCCAUGUGGCUGCGCUAAUGGCCCAGAAGGAGCUUGGCAGCGGCUUCAAGACUUUCAAUCUUGGCACGGGGACCGGCCACUCGGUAAAGGAGAUUGUCACUUCGAUGGAGCGUGUGUCGGGAAGAACCAUUCCGACGAGAGCGACCGGCCGACGAGAUGGCGAUGUCGGGAUAUGCGUCGCCGACCCAACCAAGUCCUUGAAGGCACUGGGCUGGAAAACGAAGAAGACGCUGGACGAUUGCUGCAGGGACAUCUGUCAAUUUCUGAAUCUGGACGUGCAGAGCGUUGGAGGGCACCCAUGA